UAAAUCCCAGGAUCCAGUGAAGUUGGUUAUUGUGAUUAGUAACAAUCUGAAAUAUACUGAUGAAAGCGCUAACAAUAACGCACUGAAUACAGUCAAAAAAAUUCGAGAAAAAAUUGGUAGCGCACCAAUUUGCAUUGUUGAUCAGCCGGAUAAUCGAAAAGCAUACAUCAAUACGAUAGGGUUGCCCCAAGUGUUAAUGUUUCACGGACCUGACGUAAAUGCAUCGACCCUUUUAGUAGAAAAAAAUGAUACCAGCGAUAUUUUGAAAACAAGAUUUAAGAAAUGGAAGGAGGAAUUGCUCUUCCUUAACAGUCAUCAAGUAAUAGCAUUUCAUUUUACUGUGGUCAAUGGCACUGAACCUGAGGAUAGCGAAGAAAUAUUCAGUAAUGCAUUCCCAGACAUUCCGCUGAGUACGUUACGUUUACUCGAUAAAUCAUCGUUGACUGGAGUUAGCUAUAAAGUUAAAGCGACAUUUAUGAAAUCUCGCUUCCGUGCCGGUCCUGUAUAUGCUAUUCUUGGUUUUCGAAAAUUUGGUGGAGAAGAUCCAGUUACGGAAGAUCUCACCGAGAGAAAUAUGAUUAAUUCUUAUUAUUCAUCCACGUUAAAUCGAAUUUUAGCAAUAAAAUAA